UUCAUUAUACAUAACAAUUUGGAUGGUGUGAAUUGAAGAUGGCCAACAUGCAAAUUGUCCCAGCUUACAACAACAUUGUAGAGGCACAGUAUGUUGAAAUGAUGGUUCCAUUGUAUUCUUAUGGAUGUGAGAAGAAAAUAAAGAAAAACCUUCUCCAAUCUUAAAGUCAUAUUGCAGGCAUAUACUCUGUGAACGUGGAUUACUAUGAACAGAAGGUGACUGUGUGGGGAAUUUGCAACAAAAAUGACGUGCUAGAAACCGUGAGAAGCAAGAGAAAAUAUGCAAGGUUUUGGAACCAAGAAGACAAUGUUGUAUUAGAGAAAUCACAAUCAUCCUCAUCUUCACCAUCACAGUUUCCUCCGAAAGAUUUCAAACCCUCUUUAGCUUUAACCAAGGUUCGCUCUCUCAGUUUGAAAGCAUGGAAGAAGAUCUUCACUAGAUCAUAUUCUUUCUGAAUUAUUAAGUCAUCUGUACAAGAAAGGAUAAAUAAGUGCUUCCAAAACAAAAUGAGUGUAAAUUUUCAAAUGGAAAUCUUAAGUUCCAUAUCUCCCUUGUA